AUGUCCCGCUCUCAUGACCUUGCUCUACGAAAGCUUUGCGCCAACCCUGAAACUCUCACUCGGGCCCAGGUUCUCCUGCAUGCUGCCAUCCUAAAGACAGGUCCUGGUUCGGGAUAUAACUUGGGCACCGAUGUCGUUGGUCUCCCAGCCAUUUGUGCAUAUCUAGCAUCACAAGAGCUGAAUAACGGGGAUGUAUCCGAGAAGGUGGCACAAACCGCGUCGUGUCUCGCUCCCAAGUUCUUCAAGAGCACUGUGAAGAUCGUCCAGCAGGCUCUUGCCACUGCACUUGCGCAAACACCAGGCCCUAGCGGGCCAUUGGUCUAUGAAACGCUGAUACGCGACAAUAAGCUCGGGAGGAAGGCUUUCGUUUUAGGCUGUGCGAAAGAUGUGGAGAGUACAUUGCUCGCAAGCCGCAUGCUCCCCCAAGAAUUCCAUCCUCCGUGUGACGUUCUGAGAGUUGCAGUGUUUUGCUGGACGUGUAACAACCUCCUCAAGAUUCGCAAAGUACGUCCGGACGUCCUACUGAAUCAGUAUGGACAAGCCAAGCGCGAUUACGACGAGAUAAUUGAGAUUGUCGAGUCGACGUGCCAGGAAGUUGGGGAGAAGAUCAGACAAAAGGUGGCUGAGCUCUCGAACAAAGUGGCGGCAGCAUCUCAAGCCUCGAGCCCAGCGCGGUCGAAACGUACGCCGGCCAAUUCAGUCCCAGGUUCUCCAACCAAGCCUGCUCUUCGUGCAACCAUCGCAGAUAUGAGUGACACUACGUCUUCAAAUAGGACACCUACACAGAAGCGCAAGGUAGCGUUCGUUACAGGUCACCUGGAGGAAGGUCGAGAAUUGCCCGAGACCCCGUCAAAGCGACCUCGAAUCGCUUCUCCGGCUAAGUCAACAGGUGUGCCAGGCGGCAAGUCGACACAUUCUGACUUAUCUCGCGUUGCUACGCUGCGAGACAAUAUCUUCCCAGAGGUCCCAGUCUGUGCCAACGUAUCCGCUUUGGAUCUUUUGUGCCCAUCGGAUCAUUCUUCUUCUCCUGCUUCUGCAGAUAUGGACCACCUAGUGGAAAGUGAAGGCGCCCCUUCUCAAACAUCGUUUUCCGUGGUACCUCCUGCCACCCCCAGCCGCAUCACACCUGCUCGGUCACCAGCCACACAUGUAACAUCCCAGGCAACGCCCCGCAGCGGCAGACGUAGCCCCUCAAAAGUCGUCCGAAUUCCUUCGCCGCUUCAAGACAUCCAGUCUGCGAGGCCAAAGCGAUUCAGACCGAUUUUCCUCGACCAGCAGCAGUGGUCACAGGCUGAUCCCAGGAUCGAACGCGAAUGGAAGAUGGCAAUUGCGAAGAGAGCAGAACUAAUGCAGAACUAUGGACGUUCGGCGCAUGGCGAGGUAGCUGUUAGGAUGCCGAUCGCUGCAUAG